AUGCGGAUAGGCCAAAACGUCUGCGACCCAUUCUUACUAGCAGAGCACCAAAGCAGCAAAGCAGCCGACGCGGCCGAGGACGACCAGCUCCGCCGUGUGUCUGCAGGCCACGCCGGCGGCCAGCUCCGCCCCGCCCUAGGCUCGUGCGGCCAGCUCCGCCCGUGCCCGUGGCCGACGUGGCGAGCUCCGCCCGUGCCCGUGGCCGACGCGGCGAGCAUCGCCCCCGCCUGCCCCCGCCCGUGGCCGACGCGGCGAGCUCCGCCAACGCCCGCACCCGUCACGGCGAGCAUCGCCCCCACCUGCCCCCGCCCGUGGCCGACGCCGCGAGCCCCGCCCGUGCCCGUGGCCGACGCGGCGAGCCACGCCCACGCCCGCGCCCGUCGCGGCGAGCACCGCCCCCGCCUGCCCCCGCCCGUGCCCGUGGCGACGCGGCGUCCUCCGCCCACGCAUGCGCCCUUCGCGGCGAGCGCCGCCCCCGCCUGCCCCCGCCCGUGGCCGACACGGUCGGCUCCGCCCGUGCUCGUGCUGCCCGCGCCCGCCCUUGCCCCCGCCCGUGGCCGACGCGGCCGGCCCUGCCCGUGCUCGCGCUGCCCCGUUCGACAUCGCCGACGCGGCUCCAAGCUCGGCACGGGCGGCGGAGCUCCUCAGCGCGGUGGCGCCGCUCAUCACCGUUUCGGCCGCGGCGACCUCUGGCAGGGACGAAAAAAACGGACCAUGCUUAGCGACGGGAUCCUCCACGCGAGCUCGACAGCGGCGGUUGGCCGGUGA